AUGGAGGACUUUACGGAAAGCUACGCUUCAUCAGCUUUCGAUGAACUGCUCACCGAGCCGAUUUCAUCAACAACUCAUCUCGAGAGCCAAGGAGAGGCUAGCAACACCUAUUGGGAUGACCUUGUGGACUGGGUCAGGUCUCAGGAGGGCAUGGAGAGUGCCAGCGAUGCCUCCUUAGGCUUGUUCGAAGCGUAUGAUGUAGGAGUACACGAUGGUACGUCGUCCGAAGCCCCAGGGGUCCCUAGUGGAGAGUGGGAUGAGCCAGAGAGCGAAAAUGGGGGCAGUGCACUGGAGGAGCUAUUCAGCCCUCAGCAUACUAUCAGUACUGCUCAGCAUCAGCCAGCGAUCCAAUCCGCUUGGGACGCCGUCACUGUUGACUCGUUUAUGCCACCAAUUGACCCGCAAUUGCUCGAGGCAGCCCCAGCUUCCAUUCCUACUCCAGAAGACUUCCAAUUUGAAGGUGUUGAUGACCUCACCAACAACUACAUACCUCCAUUUGGCUCUGGAGAGGUCAUCUACAAUGAUCCACCUCACAAUCACCACUACAACCGUGCUCUAGGAGCUAGCCCAACGCCGUCGGAGCUCGACUACAGCCCAGCAUACCUACCAUGCAUCACCAACAAUGCUCAGCACCUUCCUGCUCGCCCUACAGCCCCUCAAGCCAGUGGGGCCAACAGCACAGUUGACUGGGACAAGUUCAAGCAUCAACUGGUCAACUCCCUUGACAUUGAUGACAUGAAGGCCUUCUUCGCUGCUCACGGCAUCGAGCUACAGCAGCAAGACUCGUCUGCUCUGGCCCUUGCACAGCCAACCCUUCCAAGAGUUGUCAAAGUUUACUCUCACGCUGUGCGCCGCAACAGCUACAAAGCCUACAUCAAGUACAAAGUUCUUUAUGAAGGACACCAUCGCUCAAGCAUCCUUACUCCAAUCUGGCUGCCUUACAACGCUCCUCACCCCGGCUUUGCGGCAGCCAUUCGCAUCUACUUCCUUGACAAGAAUCACUGGGUCAGUACCAGCUCUUUGAACCACCUAAAGGCGUCUGAUCCCGACUUCUGGACGCCGCGUAAGUCGCUCAUCAAACACAUGAGCAUCAAAGGCCACCGACUCUAG